AUGGAAGCCGCCACAAUCCGAGUUUACGCUUGUUGGGACAAGGGGUUGGCUUAUAUACUCGGUUCGGAUCGCCCGUGUCCGCCCAUUGGCUCCGGCUUGGCUUCUAGAAAUAAAAAGGCGAACUCGCGAAGUGAUUGGAUAUUUGAGAUUUGGCGCUCCAUUCGAAAUCCCACUGCUCCACACAACCGGAAAACACGCCACUUCUCACCUGAUGCCGCUGCAACGCCGCGCCACUUGAUCUCGACCAAUGACCGAGCACCAAAAUGGCGGCCCUCUGUCCCCACGCUGCAGUAUCAUCCUGCUGCUCUUGUUUCGAUUAUUUUUAAAUGAUUGGUUGGCAUCACAUUUUUUUCUGAAUUGCUUAUUGCCGUGUCCAUUUGUGGAUUUCGCAAUGUUGGAGGCAUUGGUCGUGACGCCGACGUCCUAGUUGUCGGACGCGAGUACCAAACGCAGGCAAAGCAGCAUCAUCCUGACAGACAAAUGACUCCACGAGACAAAUUCCACUCUAAAGAGACCUUCCGCCUCAUCGCGACUGCCAACAGGGUUUGCUGCAAAUGCUUUCUUCCGUUUAAAUUCGCCUCCACCAAGAUUCUGCCUGAUCUAGAACAAUGA